AUGUCUCAAGAAAGUAAAAUCUAUCGCCAUUUGGAUAAUAAUGUAUUUGGCACAGCUACGAAGCAAUUUACUGAAGUCGAAAGAAUUUUCAGGAAGAAUUUUAUCAAUGGAUGGGAACGUGAAGGUGCGGCAGUAUCGAUUUAUCAGAAUAAUGAGUUAGUGGUCGACUUGCAAGGAGGAUAUGCAGAUGCAAGUUCGCUGCGUCUUUGGACAUCCGAUACAAGAACUGUCGUAUUUUCUGCUACAAAAGCGGUGAGUGCACUAUGUAUAGCUUUACUGGUUGAUCGAGGACAACUACAGUAUUCGGAUCGUAUCUGUCAGUUUUGGCCCGAAUUUGGCCAAAAUGGUAAAGAAAAUAUUACUGUUGGUUGGAUCAUGAAUCACCGCGCUGGCUUGGCAGCUUUUGGUGAACCGGUCACUAAGGAGGAUGCACUUGAUCACGAAAAAAUAGCUGAAAUUAUUGCAAGACAAAAACCGAAUUGGAGACCAGGAACUAAAGCAGGCUAUCAUGCAAUAACGUAUGGUUGGCUUGUUGACCAAAUUAUUAGACAUGUUGACUUCAAACAUCGUGGUAUCGGAACCUUUUUCAAACAAGAAAUUGCUGAGAAAUUUGGGAUCGACUUCCACUUUGGUUUACCUUCAGAAGAAGAACAUACCGUAUCUCGAUUAACAGUACCCCCAUUUUCCUACAAAGUGAAAGAGAUUUUGUACGAUCCAAGGAUUAUAUAUCUGCUGAGCAUAUUAAAUUUGAGAGCACCUAAUUCAAUAGCACGAAAAAUUCGAGAAACAACUACGUGGAUGAAGCUAGAUGCGAAUGUGAAUACAUUCAACGAUCCGGAUCUUCAUCGUAUGGAACAAGCUGCAGCCUUAGGAAUAACGAAAGCCAAAGAUCUAGCUAAAUUAUUCUCACUUUUUCUACAAGGGAAAAUCGUAUCUAACAAUUUGUUGGAUCUUUUCAAAACUCCGGAAAUAUCACAUGGCUUGGAUGAAGUAGUCCUUGCCCCAUUACCAAAAGGAUACGGUUUUAUGUACGAACGCCAUCCAUUUAAACCUGGUCAUUGGCUAGUUGGACAUGCAGGUCUUGGUGGUAGCACAGUAAUGAUGGAUAUGGAAGAAAAGUUGGUGCUCGCAUAUGUGACCAACGGCUUGAAACUAGGUACCGGUGAACUCACAAGGACUUAUCGGCUGUUGAGGAAUGCCGCUUUACGGGCAGUGAGAUGA